AGCCUAAUCUCCUGUUCUGCAGAGCGGCUGGCUGCGGGAGUGGCUUGUGAGGCUUACAGUCCGCUCCGCUCUCUCUCUGGAUCUUUCCCCCCUUUCGCUCAAUUUUGUGCCGAGGGAAAGCCAAUUAAGGUUCAGCAUGUGGCCUUGUGCAGGGAUGUGUGACGGAGGUAUUUGUUCCAGUAAUCCAAGCCUUAUCUAAGACUGGAGGAAAGCUUGAAAAAAGACACCAAAUUUUCUGUCAAGGAUAACAAGUGUUUUCUACGUUUCAAUCAGUGUUUGGAGUGAAAUAACUCAGACACGGCCACUAAGCACCCAAGAAUAGAGGCUGAAAAGGAUUAUGCCCAUAUAGCCAACAGCGAUACCAGGAUAUAACGGCAACAGUGCUUCCCUGGUCUUUCUCUCUCUGCAAGGAUGGAUGACCCAUACCAAAAUAAUGUGUACCAGCAGCAAGGCACUGAUGUAGUCGGAGACAACACCUACUCCACUUACGGGGAAGGAGGGCAGGACGGUUAUGGCUACCAGACAGACUACCCCCCUCAGGAAGAGGACGCAGCCAGCGAUGCGACCGAAGGGCAUGAUGAGGAAGACCAGAUGUAUGAGGGAGAGUACCAGGGCAUCCCCCACCCUGACGAGGUCAAGGCCGCCAGGCGGGCGGCGGCAGCGGCAGCCAGGGAGAAGGCCCGGGCGGCCGCCUCUGGCAUCCGGGAGGAGGAGGAGCUGGCGGACCAGUACGAGGGCAUCAUGGAGGACUGCGGUCAUGGCCGCUUCCAGUGGACGCUUUUCGUGGUGAUUGGGCUGGCGCUAAUGGCCGACGGGGUGGAAUGCUACGUGGUGGGCUUUGUGCUGCCCAGCGCGGAGAAGGACAUGUGCCUUUCCAAUUCCAAAAAAGGCAUGCUGGGAUUGAUAGUGUAUGUCGGAAUGAUGGUGGGGGCUUUUGUGUGGGGCGGUCUGGCAGACAAGAUUGGACGUCGGCAGUGUCUGGUCACUGCACUGGCCAUCCACUGCGUCUUUGCCUUCCUCUCGUCCUUCGCCCAGGGCUAUGGCUUCUUCCUCUUCUUCAGAUUAUGUUCUGGUUUUGGUAUUGGAGGCUCCGUUCCUAUUGUCUACACCUUCUAUUCUGAGUUCCUUACCAUGGACAAGAGGGGGGAACACCUGAGCUGGCUGUGCAUGUUCUGGAUGAUGGGAGGACUUUAUGCUUCAUUCACUGCCUGGGGCAUCAUCCCACACUAUGGCUGGGGCUUCAGCAUGGGCAGUGAGUUCCAGUUCCACAGUUGGCGAGUGUUUGUGCUGGUCUGUGCUCUGCCAGCCAUCGGCUCCCUCGUGGGCCUGAUGUUCAUGCCAGAGAGUCCUCGCUUCCUCCUGGAGAAUGCGAAACAUGAUGAAGCCUGGAUGAUCUUGAAGAAGGUACAUGACACUAACUGGCGGGCGAAGGGAGAGCCAGAGAGAGUAUUCACAGUCUCUCAAAUAAAGACACCAAAGCAAGAGGAUGAGUUCAUUGAGAUUCAAAGCUCCACUGGAACUGCUUUUCAGCGCUGGAUGGUCAGGACAAUGACUUUGGUCAAGCAGGUGAUGCAGAAUGUAAUGUCCCUUGCCUCUGCUGACCUGCGUCUGACUGGCCUGUUUAUGGCCAUCAUAUGGUUUACAAUGGCCUUCAGUUACUAUGGUCUGUCAGUGUGGUUCCCUGACAUGAUAAAGUACCUGCAGUUUGAAGAGUACGAGUCGAAGGUGAAACUGUUCCACAGAGAGAAGGUGGAGAACUUCCACUUUAACUUCUCUUUGGAGAACCAGGUCCACAAAGAGGGGGAGUACAUCAAUGACAAGUUCAUCAACAUAGAGAUUAAAUCUGUCAAGUUUGAGGAUUCACUGUUUGAAAAUUGUUACUUUGAGGGCAUCAGUUCGACUCAGACGUUCUUUGAGAACUGCACUAUCAAAAACACUGUCUUCUACAACACAGACUUGUGGGAGGAGAAGUUUAUUGACUGUAUACUGGAGAAUGCCACAUUCCUGCAUCCCAAAAAGGGCUGUCAUCUAAACUUUCAAGAGGAAAACGAUAUCCUGAUAUACCUAGUCAGCUUUCUGGGAAGUCUGGCUGUGUUGCCAGGCAACAUCAUAUCAGCCCUUUUUAUGGACAAAAUUGGAAGGAUCAAUAUGAUUGGUGGGUCCAUGCUCAUCUCGGCUGGCUGCACUUUCUUCUUGUUCCUGAGUUUCAGCCAGGCCGCCAUCAUCGCUUGGCAGUGCCUCUUCUGUGGCACCAGUGUGGCAGCCUGGAAUGGCAUUGAAGUUAUCACAGUUGAGCUGUACCCAACAUCUAAAAGAGCUACGGCGUUCGGGGUCCUGAAUGGCCUGUGCAAGCUCGCCGCCAUUUUGAGCAGCUCAAUCUUCGCCGCGUUCGUGGGCAUCACUAAGGUCAUCCCCAUUCUCAUGUCCUUCUCUGCACUGGUGUGUGGGGGGCUGCUGGCCCUCAAGUUGCCCGAAACACGUGAGAAACUCCUCCUGUGAAAGGUCAAACACAGGUCAAAGGUCUAGGUACUACACAAGUACAGUACAGCGGAUUGAGCAAAGUUGAGAGAAAGACUGACAAAAUGGCAGACAUGCUGUUUCCAGACAUCAAGGGGGUGGAAAUUUUCCAUUACCUAGUAGCAUUAUAUUUAGCUAGUGCCCCGUUAUUUUUGUUAAUAUUUAUUAGGCCUCAUAUCAUAUGGUUGUAUUGAAUACUUCACUAGAACGUGUGCAGCCACCGUGUGCACACAAUGGUUGUAUCUUGAAAGCAUUUCCUCAAUGAGAAGUGAUUCAAUUUCACAACUUUUUUCCACAGAAUAUUGUAGCAUUUCUUAAAUAGUUAUACUGUUUUAAACUCUCCUGUACUAUUUUUAGUUUGUUCAUGUUGUUAUGUUGUUUUUCUAACCUUGACACAGCAAUGUGAAGGUUUAUGUUUUCUUUCCCUUUGUAAUUUAUUUCAGUAACUCUGUGUCACGGCAUACAUAUACUAAACAGAAAUCGAAACAUAAGGAUUAUAUAUUUUUACAUUUUCACACUACAUUCAUUGCAUUGAAAAUGAGAUAUAGCAUUAUACAGUCUUUUUUUUAAAAGCUCCUAUAAAGCUCCUAUAAAGCUUUAAAAAGCUGCUGAUUGAGAUGCAUGUGUGUUGAUGAUGCAAACAAUAUUUGUGUCCUUUUAAAUGUUUGAAAUGAAAUUAACAACAAAAAAGGUACUCUGAAUGGUGAUUACUGUAUGUCUCGCUGUAAAUACAUAUGUUCAAAUUGAAUUGUAGCCACUGGCAGCAUAAAUGUACAAUCAUUUUAGUAAAGGAUCCAUUCAUCUGGUGCUUGUGAUGAGCAGUUACUGGACAGUCUUGAGUCUUGAAGAGUCCCUUCAUUUUCAAAAGAAAAUACAAGUUUCAUUCCACUGUAAAUGUUAUUAUAAAAAUUGUUUCUAUCACAGAAACUGCCAUAGUUCAUAGUGAUCAUGUAAUGUUGCUUCAUAGCUGAGUAUGACUCAUUAAUGUUCAGUGUUACAGUUCAUUGAAGGACAGCAAAUACAGUAUUAUUGAAACUAAUAUAUUUAAAUCCAAAGUUGAAAAUAAUUGUAUUAUUUGUCUUUGCUUUAGCAGAAGCAUAGCUUUUGUUGAGGUAUCAUUCCCUUUAGAUUUGUACUUUGAGUUCCACAAAACAAUCAAAAUAUCUCAUGUGAUCACCAAGGACAGGAGUUCCUCUCUGAAUGCAUGCAUUCAGUAUGUAGUGUGAUGUGAAUCAAGCCACAGAAUGUUGGCCUUAUCUGACUGCUACGGUCCAGACCAGCAGUGUGUAUGCAGACACUAAGAAAUCACUCAAGCUUUCCUGGAGCCAUCUGUUUGAAUUGUACUAUGAUAGUAAGAACAGUCUUAGGUUUUAAAUGUGUUUUAAGUUAGUCAAUUAGUGUUUCAUUUAUGGUGUUAAAUUAUGGCCAUAAAACUGUAUUGUUUUUAUAUUUUAUUUUAAAAAGACUGUAAUGGAAACUGUUUCUUUCAUUUUCUUUUUUUCUGGUUUUGUUGUGUGAUGGUAAAAAUAAAAUUCUAUCAAUACA